ACCCAUCGGGGGUUUUGGGCGCGUUCGCUAGUGAGUGAAAUGUGGGACCAUCUAAUCUGGACCCACCUGUCAGUAAUGAUCUCGAUCAGUUUUUGAGGAAGAAAAAUCCCCAAACCCUACACUCCUCCGGGCUCUCGAUUGCCGCCGCCACCACCACCGCCGGUGGGCCGCCUCGCCCCUGACCCCGACCUCUUCGACGGCGUCGGACGCCACCACAACAACCCCCGCCGGCGGCGGCGCAGUGCCCACCACUAGCCGCGGUCGGUUAGAGUGAGAGAGAAUCUUCUCCGGCGCCGCUCCCUCCGUGCUCCGCGGUCUUUCCCGUGCCGUGCCGUGCCGGCUUGAUUGUUCUUAAUUCGUUGGCAUGGGCAAAUCCAAAGACAAGGUGGUCUCGCGGGAAGCGAAAGUGGAUAAAAAAUUGGUGCUUGGAGUGAAGAGGAAGAACUUGAAGAGAAAGAAGGACAGGACUUUGGAUGGUCCUGUUGAGAGUGAGGUUGCUGCUGAACAUGCUGGUAUUACGGAAGAUAAAGGAUUGGUACGCAACAAGAAGGUUGUAGUGAUGAAACAGAAGAAGAAGCACAUCAAACUAAAGAGCAGUCAUACUGAGUCUGGUGACACCGUGGAACUCCUGACGAGUAAAAGGGAUGAGACAAAAUUGAAGAACAAGAAGAAGAGCAAAAAGAAUCUCGAAGAAGUCAGUGACCCUGUCAAGGGGCUUCAAAGUCUUUCUGACAGAAUUAAUGCAGCAAUGCCUAAGCUGAAGAAUAAACAGCGGAUAAGAAAAGGGAGGAGCUCUGAUGAACCCAAUAAUACAGAGGAAGUGCUCCAUGGGAAUCAAGAUGAAGAAACUCCAAGCGCUUGUGUUAACCAACCCGCAUUAGAGAGUGGAGACAUGGAUAUGGGGGAGCCAGAAGUAAAGAGGGGAAAGAAAAACAAGACCAAGAAAAUAAAGAAAUCAGGGAAAAGGAACAAAAAGGAUAAGGAUGCAUCAAACAAAGAGGACAAGGUGGGCAGGUCUAUUGAAGAUGAUAAUGCAAAUGUCGAUGUGAUUGAAUCAGUUGAUGAAGACUGUUCCAGAGGAAUGAAAAAAUGGAUCUUAGAGUACAAACAGAAGAGGCCAGGCUUGAAGGUCUUGCAGCAAAGAAUAGAUGAGUUUAUAACUGCUCAUGAGGAACAACAAGAGCAGGAGAGGAAAGAGAGGGAGGCACGCGCUGCAGAGGAUGGAUGGACAGUUGUGGUUCAUCAUAAGGGUAGGAAAAAGACCACAGAUACUGAAACUGGAACAGCUGUGGGCUCUGUGUCUUUGGCUGCAAUGCAGGAGAAAAUGGCUAAUAAGAAACCCAAGGAAAUUGAUAUGAAUUUCUAUCGGUUUCAAAAAAGAGAAGCUCACAUCAGUGAACUCGCAAUGCUGCAGAGCAAGUUUGAGCAGGACAAGAAAAGGAUACAACAACUUCGUGCUCAACGGAAGUUUAAACCAUACUAAUGCUGCUCAUUGAAGUUCCAUCCUCAGAAGCAGUGCUCGUACCUUGUUGAAGGACUGUUUGCUCUGUUGGAUAACUAUUUUUGGAUGUUUACUUCUUAAUUAACCGAAACAAUCUCAGCUGUACACUUCGCCCUGCAUUUGCAGUGCAGAUGUUUAAAAUCAUGCC